AUGCGGCAGCUGCAAAACGGAAAAGAAGACGAAGAGUUGGUGUUUGUUCUGUGUUUGUUAUAUAGUCAAAAUAUAGAUGACGGUGUUAUUAGCAUGAAGAAUGAAGAUGAACUGGAAUUUCUGGAAAUCCCUUGUGAUGGACGCACGUCAUUUUUAUUGGGGGACAAAAUAAAUACAGAGUGGGAUGAUGGGGAAAUGUAUGAAGCUGAAAUAGUAGAUGUUGGACGUAAGCUGAUUGCCUUCUAUGAUGUCUUACACAUUUCCCUGUUAAUUUUGUAUUUAUAUAGGAAGUCAAACUUAGCUCAUGAAAGGAAGAAGAAGCAGGCAGCAGAUAUCAUUGAUUCUAUUAUAGAUAAAAAUGAUUCUAUUGAAGAUAUAUUCUCACAAACAACUGCGAAAGACUACGACAUUUUCCCUGAUUCCCCCAAUCCAGCCGAGCAUAACAUAUCUAUUACUGCUGCAAAACAUCUACACCUAAAGGUUCACAGCCUGAGCCGCAAAAACUUGAUAGCAGUAUCAAUUUGAAACUCCAC